AUGGCAUCUACGAGCAAACGAGACGAUUAUGCCAACCCUCCCUUGCCUGACGACGAUUUGAUUGAUCCUGAUGAUGAUGAUUUCGACGACCCUCUCGGCAACACAUCCUCGCGCCAGCCAUUGACGGGCAACAUCGGCUCGAGCUCCUCCUCUUCGCGGCCACUGAACGAGAACGCCUGGACGUCACGCAUACCAGGUGAGGACCGCGCCGCGCCGCAAAACACAAUCGACGAGUCAGUCUGGGACACGCUCCGCCGCGACCUCCUCGCCGUCUGGGCCAAGAUGAGGGAGGUGCUGUACCCAAAGUACCUGCUGGGCGGCACCAUGUUCGACGCCGACGGCCUGCGCGGCGCGUACGCCAACAUCCGCGGCGCGGGCAUCUCGGGCGCUCGCGAGGAGCUCACGGGCCUGGCGAGCCGCUUCAUGGACUCGGAGGCGCUGCUGUCGCAGAAUAACAUGACACCCGGCCUGCGGGACUGGGAUCUCUGGGGCCCGCUCAUCUUUUGCCUGCUCCUCAGUCUCUUGCUCAGCUUCAAUGCCAGGGCGGACCAGAAGGAUGUCGUGUUUAGCGGUGUCUUUGCCAUGAUUUGGAUUGGAGAGGCUGUUGUGACAUUGCAGAUCAAGCUCUUGGGAGGAAGCAUCUCCUUCGCACAAAGUGUCUGCAUCAUAGGAUAUACGCUGUUCCCCCUGGUGAUUGCGGCACUCCUCUCUGCCUUUGGCAUCCCGACCGUGGUCCGAGUCCCCGUGUACCUUGUCCUCGUCGCGUGGUCUCUGGCGGCAGGCGUCAGCAUUCUGGGGGGCAGUGGUGUGGUCAAAAACCGCGUUGGAAUCGCCGUGUACCCGCUCUUCGUCUUCUACCUCGGCCUGGGCUGCCUCUGCUUCAUCAGCUGA